UCCUAGAAAAAUCAACAUUUAGACGGUUGUACAACAUUCAUUAAAUUCUCCUUCCUCUCUCUUCUUUCUCUCUCCUCUCUGUUUCUCGUGAAUUUUCUUAUCUUCCUCUCUCUCUUCUCUCUCAUGAUUUCCGCGCUUAUCAUUCCAAUUUCACAUUUCCACUUCUUCGAUCCACAUUGCAUUCAUCAUCAUCAUUUUCUAGGGUUUCAAAUUCGAUCACAAAUUUUUCGACGCCAUUGAAGAGUAAAACCUAGAGCUUUUGAUUCUUAUCACGAAUUUCAAAUUCUUCAUCGUCCGAAUAACCGCAUUCAUCAAUUUUUACACCUGCAAAUUUCUCGCAUUGUGUUCUUCGUUCGUCGAAAAAUUUUCAAAUAUAAAGUUUUUUUUUACCUUUCUUCCGAUGAAUCGGCGAUGAGGUGGAAGAGGAGAGAGAAAUGGAGGUUAGAUCAGACGGUUUGCAGCAAGUGAGGUAUGAGAAGAUACCGGUAACAACAGUGAUUGAGAGAACUAGGUUAAAAGUGUGGUUUAUUAGGGUUUGCUCAACUUUUGUGGUGUGGACUUGCUUGGUUCAGCUUGUUGCCAUUGAAGAGUUAUGGCGUCCAAGUUUCCUCGCUAAUUUUUCAUAUACACUGUCGCAUAUUUCUACAGUUCCUUCGAUUAUCUCUACUCCUCCUCCACCAGUUCUUCUUCCUCCAAGGAACUACACAAGUAAUGGGUUUCUUAGAGUAACAUCAAAUGGAGGCUUGAAUCAAAUGCGUGCUGCGAUAUGUGACAUGGUGACAGUUGCUCGGUUCUUAAAUCUCACUUUAGUUGUCCCAGAGCUUGAUAAGACAUCUUUCUGGGCAGAUACAAGUAACUUUGAGGACAUCUUUGAUGUGAACCAUUUCAUUGAUUCCUUAAGGGAUGAGGUCCGGAUCAUUAGGAGACUACCAAAGAGGUAUAAUAGGAAGUAUGGAUUCCAACCGCUGGUUAUGCAACCAAUUAGCUGGUCCAAUGAAAAGUACUAUAUUGAACAGGUUCUGCCUCUUUUUGAGAAGCAUGAAGUGAUACAUUUUAACAAAACAGAUGCGCGUUUAGCGAACAAUGGACUUCCUCUUGAAUUUCAGAGACUCAGGUGCCGUGUCAAUUUUCAGGCCCUGCAAUUCACUCCUCAAAUAAAGGCUCUGGGUCAAAAAUUGAUCCGCCUACUUCAAGCAAAGGGGCCUUUCGUUGCUUUGCAUCUAAGAUAUGAGAUGGACAUGCUGGCUUUCUCAGGUUGUAACUAUGGCUGCUCCAAGGAGGAAGCUGAGGAUCUCAAGCAGAUGAGGUAUGCAUACCCAUGGUGGAGGGAUAAGGAGAUCAAUUCUGAGGAGAAGAGGUCCCAAGGUUUAUGUCCUCUUACACCUGAGGAAACAACUUUAAUUCUACAGGCCUUGGGUUUUGACAAGGACACCCAGGUAUAUAUUGCUUCUGGAGAAAUUUAUGGUAGUGAAAGAAGACUAGCAGCGUUAAGGGCUGCAUUCCCCAAUACGAUUAAGAAGGAUAUGCUGCUUAAUCCAGAUGAUUUACGGCAAUUCCGGAAUCAUUCUUCUCAAAUGGCAGCGUUAGAUUUUUUGGUUUCAGUUGCCAGUAAUACAUUUAUUCCUACAUAUGAUGGCAACAUGGCAAGGCUAGUUGAAGGUCAUCGCAGGUAUCUUGGUUUCAAGAAAACCAUUUUAUUGGAUCGGAAAAAGCUUGUUGAAUUGGUAGAUUUACAACAGAAUGGGACACUUCCAUGGGAUAAUUUUGUUGCUGGUGUUAAGGAUGUGCAUUUAAACAGAUUAGGACAACCCGUUCUCAGGAAAGUUAUUCCUGAUAGACCAAAAGAGGAAGAUUACUUUUAUGCCAAUCCCCAAGAAUGCCUUUGUGAAGAUCCUAAUUGCAGCGACUUAAUAACAGCCAGUAACACCAGUGUUCUACAUUGAGAUUUACAAUUUUGUUCUCAAGUGUGCGUAGCUUAAUCAACAAGUUUGAGCUAAUUUAUGAGCGUAUUAUUUUCGAGUGAUUGAGUAACUUGUUAAAAGCUUAUGGUAAAUUAUCCUGAAAGGUUUGCUUGGCCAUGAACGAUGGUCUUGUGAGCUCUCAGGGGAAGUUGAAGAGGAGGAACACUCUGCAAGUUAGUAAGAUAUAGUGUUUUACCGAGCCGAAAAAUAGGAGGUUGUUCCAGUAGGAUACGUCAGUCUGAUGGUGUGUUUGAUUUGGCACAUUUCUGCCAAGUGAAUAGGAGAAAUUGUCCAUGAAGUGUUAUAAGUAGGUAUAAUCUGAUUCAUUCUGCAAAAGAAGCAGUUUGAUUCUCUUUUCUGCCUUCCUUAGGUUCUAGCAAAGCAGUAGAAUUUUCGAUGUCUUCUUUUUUUCCUUCUCUCCCUAACUUGUAUAGUGUAAUUCAUUUUUCGCCUGAAUCAUAUUCCACAAGAGCUGAUAUGAAUUAUGGAAUGUAAUUCUUUGCUUGGAAUAAAUUUGUCUACUGAA